AUGCACAAACUUACCAAUGAGCUGUCAUCUUUGAUAUUAUCGGAAGGUUUGUUGGAUUCAAUAUGUCACAAGUUGUGUAUUCCAACGCCAAGAUCAUCAGUGUUUGAUGGAUGGACUAUUAUUCUUACUGGUGGUGGUGCUGGAAGUAAUAAUAGUCCAACGGCGGAUUCCGUUGAUGUCAAUCUUAUAGAACAACUGAUUGUCGCCUGUGGUGGGGAAAUCGCCGUGGAGAUAACACCUUCUUUGCUCAACAGACGACGGGGAAAUAGUUGUGAUGGAAGUUAUGCACAAGAGUCGGCAAUACAGCAAAAUCGGCAUAUAGCCUUAGUUUCAACGAACUGCUGUCGUACAUUUGCAUACUUGCAGGCGCUUGCUACGUUGGGUAGCAUCCCGAUACUAUGUACUGAAUGGCUACUGGAUGCAUGUCGAGAAGAUGCCAAGACAUCAAGUGGAGAGUCUCGUAAUUGGCCUCUCCAUUUAUUACUCACGUAUCCUGGCCGUUAUGAAUUGCCUAGAGGAUUCAUAUCUGGAUCCUUGGAACCAGUUAGUUGGUGAGUUUUGAUAAUUUUUUCGGAUCAAUAAUGUUGAUGCGUAAAAGUUUUUUUUUAUAAACCUGGAAACUAAUGUUUCUUAUUUAACAUUGCACAUACACUAAUAUAUGUGUAAAACAUGGGCACUGUGGUGGUGGUAGUAAGUAAUUCCCUUAUUAGUUUGUUUAUUAGAUGGAUGUAUCGCACAGUAAGUGAAACAGUAUUAGUAUUUAC